ACUGUUUUAGCCAAUGAAAGACGAAAAACCUGAGGCGCGGAAAAUAUAGCAGGUUAUAGCCUAUAUCCUGGCCCAUGGCAUGUGAUUGUUUUGCCUUCCUUAAUGGAUCUAGUGAAUAUUGAGGAAGUGAGAAAAUAUCUGAAAUUCUAUACCAGACACUUCUCUAAUGAUAACGAAUUGCAUCACUUAUAUCGUGGGGUUUUUUACAGUCCAGAAUUAUGCGAUUACGUCGUGAUACUAUGCACUGCGUUGGAAUAUCCUAAAGAAGUCAUUUACAAUGCUAUUGAAAUAUUUGACCGGUUUAUCAUUUUGCAUCUUCAAAGUGCAGCAAUUGAAGAAAGGUUAGCAACAUUUGAUUAACCAUAUUUGGAAUCAAAACGGAGUGUUAUGUUAGCUCUUCUUACUGUACUGCAGUUGGUCACAAAAUUGAUUCACCGAUAUUCAAGAUUAGGAACGGUGUGUGUCAAAUGCAUACUAUCAUGUUUGGGAUACGAAUUUGACGAAUCGGUUAUACUGCAUUCUGAAAUGUGUGCUUUAAAUGUUUUACAAAACUCACUCACGCAUCAAACUCUGGAAGGAUGUGUUGAGCUCAUUGUUGCUUUAUGCAAACAAUAUGACAAGGAUGUUACGUUUCCAAUGAAGGAUGAGCUUGUUUAUUUUGUUUACGGCAAAUACCGUCAUCUGAUUGUUAAACUUAAGAAAUGUCACAUAUUCCCCGAGUCAUCUAUCCACAUGGAUUUUGUUCUAGGUUUUUCUAUUUUGCUUGCAUGCUUCAUAUUGAAUGAACAAAUUCAUAAGAUUGGUUUAUUGGACUUUGUCAUAAAUUUACUAGGUAUUGUAAAGAAAGAAGAUAUUCGGAAAGCAUCAUUUGUCCUAUAUGAUUUAAUUUAAAUGAGCUGACAGUCUUGAGGCAGUUUCUCUGGUUAGGUAACCUAUUUUUUAUUUCCAAAACUUUAAGAUACUGUAGUUUUUGACAUACACAGUCUCUUCAGAUUCUUCACAUGUACUAUUUCGAAAGUUACGAUCACUUAAUUUUUACUAGUAUUAACAUUUUGAAAUCAUUUUUGACUGUACUAUAAAUAUAUCUUUGAUUCUUUAAGUUGCCGAUUCUUCUGCGGUUAUUUUACUCCCUGUGGAUACCUCCAUAGAAUACCUGUAAUUUAAAAUUUCGAAAUAUUUAUGGUAGUGACUGGUAAAUGUUGUUAGAUAUACUGUUUAUUGUUAGUACAUUA